AUGAGCACGGGUGAUCCAACUGUUCCACUCGAGGAGGAGGCCAUCAGCGCCGAAAAAUGUACUCGUUUUUUCAUUGGUGGACUUCACAGACAAAUAACCCCUCAGGAUGUGGAGGAAUACUUCUCUAACUUUGGUGAUGUGAUGACCUUCAUUCUAAAGCGAGAUCCCAGUGGAAACUCUCGCGGUUUCGGAUGGGUGGUAUUCAACUCACCACCGACCGGUGUCCAACGGCCAGAGCCUCACUAUCUGAAGGGUGUUAAACUCACUGUAGAGCCGGCGUUGGCAAAUGUUAGGACAGACAGAGUCAGAAGGGUCCCAGGUGGUGGCUCUUCCAUCCCCGGCCGUCGCCGCGAGCGCUCGCUUUCUGAUUCAUCUUCUGUUUCUUCGAGAAACUCCUCUUUGUCCACUGGUGAUCCACGUGACGGUGUCCGUCGCCCGCGUCUUUACGACCGCCACGUGGAAGGUUCACGCCUUCCCGCUUUUGGAGCGGUUGCUUCGCGUCUCCCGCCAUUGCCGUCCGAGGCAUUUGUACAACCUCCUCAGAUUCAGGCAACUACAUUUGAGUUAGCAGCUCCAGCACCCAGCAGAGACGCACCAGCAGCAUCCGCGAGUGAGACGUAUUUGUGUAUUCCCUUGUCGUUAUGCCCUCCUGAGUUUUCGAAUGACCCUCGUACGUUUUGCGCCAAACUGGACCAGAGCCGUGUUGGUGGCCUUAGUAUUAUUCCUUCACCAUCCAUUGCUCAGGUGGGGCCUGCGCCUCACUCUGUUCCAAUCCCUCAGGGCCUUCCAGGAGGUACGGUGAUGGUGCCCCAACAUUCUCGCAGCCAACCAGUGAGAUCAGGAGGAGGAGGAGGGGGAAGACAUCCCAAAAGCAGCGGUAGUCACCACUCAAUACCUCCACCGUUACCACAACCGGCACCUCCAAACUAUGAUUCCGUGAUGCGUCACAAUUCAUAG